UAAAAAUAAAGUAUCGCGUGCAGAAAUGAAAAAUACAUCAAUAGAAUCACGUCGAAGCGCCCUAAGCAUGGCGAUUGCCGGACUUAGGUUGUGCGGGAUUUGGAGUCUGGAUUCAUCGAGCCCGAUUUUCCUAAAACUUUUAAAUAACAUUUCAAACAUUUUUGGCAUCACUGCGCUAAUUAUUUUUGUGGGAACGUUAACUAUAGAUCUAAUACUUAACUCUCACGAUCUUCUGAUUGCUACUGACGACGGAUGUUAUCUUGCUGGAAUAUCUGUCAUAGUAUUCAAAGUAUACAAUUUUUGCCGUCAUCACAAGAGAAUAAAAAACCUCAUAGACGCAACUUAUAGACCUAUUUAUGUACUUCAAAAGUCGACAGAUGUUGGACUGAAAAGAAUUUUAGAUACUACUGCUUACCAUCAAGAUCUAGAAUUUUGGUUUUUUGUAUUACUCGGUAGCAGUCUGACGAUAGCGUUAAUGUUUUUUGUGCCAACAAAAGACGGUGCUCUACCAAUACGAGCAGCUUAUCCAUUUGAUACAACAAAGUCACCAAUGUAUGAAAUAGCAUUUAUUCUUCAAUUCUACGCAGUAGCUUACGGUAUCAUGGCCAUUGUUUUUAUUGACACAGUGGGCUUAGGAAUCAUUAAAUGGAUAAAUAUCCAGUGCCUUAUUCUCGCGUCAAAUUACACAAAUUGUCGAAUUAAUAAAAGUAGAUUAAUCUCUUUAGAAUCUCACGAUAAUUUAUCAAUGAUCGCAUCUAUUGCUGAAGACAUUAAAAAUAUUAAUGAUGAUUACGAUGAAAAAGAACCAAAUAUCACAACAUUUUGCCCAUUCGACGAACCAGAUACUGCGGAAAUUAGCGAUUGUUUUGUCGCGCGGUUUAAAAGAUGCACAAAAAAUCAUCAACAGCUUUUGGAUACCGUUGACCAACUAAACGAUUGCUUUAGUAGCAGUAUGUUGAUGCAAUUAUUUGCGAGUUUUUCAAUGAUAUGCUUGACUGGUUUUCAGGCCGUUCUGGGCGCAACCACAAAAACAAGUUUAAUCAAAUUCGUCCUCUACUUGGGAGCAGCAUGUACGCAAUUAUUUAACUGGUCUUGGGUUGGAAAUGAAUUACUCUAUCAGAAAGUAACAUUACUAACAAGUCAAUGGACAUCUGGCUGGGAAAAUGAACUUGAUUCCAAUAUUAAGCCACUGUUAAUAAUGUCUAUGAUUAAGACAAUGAGACCUAUAGAGCUACAAGCCGGCGGAUUUUUUACCAUGUCUAUAGCAACAUUUCUUUCCAUUAUUAAAAGUUCUUAUUCAUUUUUUGCUUUGCUAACAACAUUAACCGAAUAAACAAAAACUGAUGAAAGAACUCAAAUAGUGAAUCGA